AUGGAUAUAAUUUCGAAUAAUCAAGUACCACUAUUAUCAUUAGAUCGUGUUAUUGAUUUAAAAUUACCUGAACUAGUUCAAUGUCGUCUUUGUCAAGGUAUUGUACUCAAUCCAGUUGCUUGUAAAAACUGUGAAAAAGUUGUUUGUUCAACUUGUAUUCAUAAUUUGAAUGAUACUAAAUCUGAGCCAAUUUGUCCCUAUGAAUGUCUAUCAUACAUCGAACGUCCGUGUCCAAAAACAAUUUCACAUAUUUUAUCUACUUUACAUAUCCUUUGUCAAUAUAAACCAAAUGGAUGUCCAGAGAUUAUUUCAUAUACUAAAUUCGAAGAACAUGAAAAAGAAUGUAAUUAUCAAUUAUCAACUUGUAUUGGUUGUGCACAAAAAAUAAUAAGAAAAGAUUAUGAAGAACAUGAAAGACAAUGUCCAUUUGUAUUAUUAACAUGUGAUCAAUGUUUAACUUCAUUUCAAAGAAAAGAUACUGAUUUACAUACAUCCAUUGAAUGUUUACGUAUACAAUUACAACAACAGACAUCGAAAAUAAAACAAUUAGAAAUAAAAGAAUCUGAACAACAAAUAAAAAUUGAUUCUAUGCAACAAAAAGUUCAAGAAUAUGAAAAAUUUUGGAUAGGUUUCGCUAAUACAACAAAUCAAAUUAGAGGUAUGUUUGAUAAAUAA